AUGGUGCCUUCCAUCGCCCCCGGAGAGGCGGCGGUUGUUCUCUUUGUCCUGAUUUCGUUGGGGACCAUUUCGCCGGCCAAGAGAUUGAUCAACGCGAGGUGGAGACACGCAAACCCCGACGACAUUCGGUAUGAGGAUAAAGAUGGAAUUGCCACAAAAGAAUCCACCACUCGAUUGUCAAACCAACGCCCUUUUAUCGUUAUUUUUCUGCUGAGUCUGUGUGGACUGGGCCUGGCUUUUUCAAAUUUGAUCGUUGCGGCAAUUAGAAUUCAUGAGACAAAGGGGUCCGCUUCACUGGGAAUCUGGCUGCUGCCGCCAGCAUGGCUACUUUUGCUGGUGCAAUUUGCAGACUCACUCACCCAGACACACCCAGUUGCGAAAUUCGACAGCGUGAUAUGGAAACAGCCAACAAUCCUUCUGAUUGGGGUUAUUGCCUUUUCCGUCCUCGCUGGCGAAAUUGUCUCCGACGCGAGUAGAACUAGCGUCACCACUAUCCUGACUGGAGUGCAGCUGCCUACCCUUCUGGCCCUGGUCGCGGGUAUAUGGUGCGUGGAACGGCGCCCGGCGGUCUUCGGCCAUGACGGCAAGGAAAUAGACCGAGAGAUGACCGUCAGCCUCUGGACUCGUUUGAGAUUCAAAUGGGCUCCCGAGAUCAUGUCAGAAGGUGCCAAAGAAGCAUUGGAAUCUGAAGCUCUUCCGACUAUGAAUCAUGCUAUCCGUUCCAAGGAGGCCGCGACCGAUUUUUGUGCCAUGGCCUUGACAGACGCCCAACCUCUGUGGAUCCGCAUCUUUUGGCAGUUUCGGCUCCAGCUUCUGCGUCAAUGGGCCGCGGUUCUCAUCUCCAAUUUUUUCGACGUCGGGCCGUCAUUCGCAACUUUGCAACUUCUUCAAUACAUGGAGUCACGAGAGAAUGCAGACGUACGUGAUCCGACUGCUUGGAAAUAUGUCCUGAUGAUUGGGAUCGCCACCUUGAGCUCCACCCUGGUGGACUCGCGUAUUAUGUGGUGGGAAAAAGGCUAUAUCGUCGUUGCCUUACGGUCGACUCUGACUUCGCUGGUGUAUCGUAAGUUGUUGAGAAAGAAAUUGAGUACCGACCCCCCGAAAGCUGAAGGAGGCGAGAUUGAAGAGUCGGGCCAGGAUGGCCCCUCCAAGUCCGAACAAGACAUUAUCAAUAUGUUCGCGGUCGACUGCAACCAAAUCGCCAUUUUUGCGUCCGAAAGCUCCCAGUGUGUGAACAUUAUCGGUAAAAUGCUGGUAACAGUGGCGUUUUUGUGGCUUCUCAUCGGAUGGGAAAGCUUGUGCGCUGGCCUGCUAGGUAUUGUGGUUCUUUUCCCCAUCAACCAAUACCUAGCGAAGCGCUAUGGUAGGAAGCAGAAGGCCCUGAUGGACAUCCGGGAUAAACGCACCACGAUGACUACGGAAGCUCUGCAUGGUAUCCGACAAAUCAAAUUCUCCGCUGCCGAAGAUGUGUGGUCAGACAAGCUCGAAACUGUACGUGAAGAGGAGUUGUCAGUUCUGUGGAGCAGCAGGCUCGAUAACAUUUACAUGACGGUUGCCUCGGAAUUUACGCCCAUUUUCCUGACGGCUUUGUCUCUUACGACAUAUUCGUACAUUCACGGAAGCUUGCUACCUUCUGUAGCGUUCACAGCGAUCAGUCUAUUCCUCCAGCUUGAGGGUAUUGUUGGGCGGAUCCCUUACUUGUUAGUAUCUGUUAUCACCGCCCAGGUGAGUGCCGACAGAAUCGACAAGUUUUUACGCGCGCCAGAGCAAGAAGAAAACACACAUCCGGGAGAGGUCAUCUCGUUCCAUAAUGCAUCCGUGACCUUCCCUUGCGAUGCUCAGGAUGCAGCAGCCGACCGUUUCGCAUUGCGAAAUCUCAACCUGGUAUUUCCGAACAACGCUCUCAGUAUUAUCUCGGGCCCGACGGGAUCGGGAAAGUCCUUACUGUUGGCGGCUAUUUUGGGAGAGGUGGAGGUGCUGGGUGGCUACGUCCAUGUCCCGCGAGAUGUCUGUCCCCAGGAGCGCUUCGAUAACAAGGCAACUGCGAGCAACUGGAUCCUGCCAACGGCUAUGGCCUUUGUUUCCCAAACUCCAUGGAUUGAGAAUGCCACGAUCAAGAACAAUAUCCUCUUUGGUUUACCCUUUGAUCCGGUCAGAUAUGAGAAGGUGCUACAAGCAUGUGCACUGACAACCGAUCUGGCCUUGUUCGAGGAUGGUGAUGAGACUGAAGUCGGCGCUCAGGGAAUCAGUCUCAGUGGCGGACAGAAAUGGCGUUUGAGUCUGGCACGUGCCAUCUAUUCACGCGCUGGAAUCCUCAUCAUGGACGAUGUCUUUAGCGCUCUCGACGCUCAUGUGGGCAAGCAUGUCUAUGAAAACGCAGUAAUGGGCGAGCUCGCAGUGGGCAGAACUCGGAUUGUCGCCACUCACCAUGUGUCGCUUGCCUUGUCCGGAGCGAAAUAUGCUGUUAGUCUCUCCGCUGACGGAACUCUCAAACACGCAGGUUUUGUGGACCAGCUAGAGGCGGAUGGCGAACUCGAUUCUAUCCAAGAACCAGAAAACAGGGAGAUCUUGAUUGAGGAAGAAGAGGAACUUACAGUGCCGGCUGCCUCUGCUCCUACUGCCCCCAAGCCCCCCCCGAAGAAGCUUAUUGAGGCAGAGAAGAGAGCCACGGGUCGCGUCGAGAUGUCAGUCUAUUCCGGGUAUCUUAAAGCGACCGGAGGAUGGUCAUUUUGGAUAGUCCUUUCUUGUCUGUUCGCGUUGUUCCAGGGAUUGAUUUUGGCUCGGAAUUACUGGAUCAGGAUCUGGGCAGAUGCCUAUGGCGAGGAGCAGGGGGUGACUCAGUAUACAUCAUGCCCUCAACACAACAACCCGCAGAUACAGUUGGCAGGCUAUUCGACGCAUACAGUCUGUAUGGCCAGGUCAAGCAGUCUCCCGAUCAACGUUCAGAACCGGAGUCUGUGGUUCUAUCUGGGGUUGUACUGCGUCAUUUCGACCUUGUCAGUGAUAGUUGCCGUCAGCCGGGUAUUCAACCUGUAUUAUGGAGCCGUCCGUGCAUCACGGAGAAUAUUCAAAGAUAUGCUACACAGCGUAUUCUAUGCACCUCUUCGAUGGUUCGACACAGUUCCCACGGGAAGAAUUCUGAACCGUUUCACCGGAGACUUCGGCCUUUUGGACUCACAGCUCCCGCAGAUGUUCUAUUACUUUGCCAUCACGCUCUGGGAAUUGGUCGGUAUAUUGGCUGCAGCCAUUCUCAUCUCCCCGUUUAUGGUCUUAGUUGCGAUCUUGCUACUGGCAUCUUGCGCCUACAUAGCACGGAGCUACCUUGCUGCUGCGCGAAACAUCAGGCGUAUUGAAUCCAACAGCAAGUCGCCGGUCAUAUCACACUUUGCUGCAUCCUUGACUGGGCUUUCCACAAUACGAGCAUUUGCCAAAACGGAAGAAUUCAAUAAACGGAUGUACGAUCUCAUCGACACUUACGCCGCCUGCACAUGGUAUGCUUGCUAUCUAGGCAGCUGGCUCCAUCUUCACGUAGGAUUUGUGGCCGCUUUAUUUCCAGCCACUGUGGCUGCCUUCGUGAUAAACACCCCAGGUAUCGAUGCAAGCUUGGCUGGAUUUGCCCUCUCCUUCGCACUGAGCUUCACUUUCUUGACUGCCUUCACUAUCCAAAUUUCGACAAGAGUUGAGCUGUUCAUGAAUGCAACAGAGCGCAUCUUCGAGUAUCGAGACUUGCGGAUCGAGAACCCAGACGGCGCCAGCGUUAGGGCCAGCUGGCCCGAGACGGGUAGAAUAGAGGUUGACGAGCUUGAAGUCGGUUACGCUCAAGGUUUACCAUCGAUCCUGAAGGGGUUGACCUUCACUGCGGAGCCGAACCAAAGAAUUGGGGUCGUCGGCCGGACAGGUGCUGGCAAAUCUACUUUAUCUCUUGCUCUUUUCCGUUUCUUGGACACCCGCAAGGGCAGUGUCGUCAUCGACGGAGUCGACAUUGCCAACAUCCGACUUCAUGAUCUCCGUACCCGCUUAGCCAUCAUUCCCCAAGACCCUGUUCUAUUCUCCGGUACCAUCCGGUCCAACCUCGACCCCCUGAAUCAAUACAGCGACCAGGAAGUCCGAGAAGCUUUGGCGCGUGUCCACCUCAUCCCCUCCGGAAGUAGCACACCACUAUUGAAGGACGACCAGGGUAAUCAGUCUGGUGCUAGUUCCACCAUUGCUGCUUCCGAGCAGAUCGGAAACACCAACAUAUUCCAGUCCUUAUCCUCGCCUGUUGCUUCGGGCGGGUCGAACCUAUCACAGGGGCAGAAGCAGCUGCUUUGUCUGGCGCGCGCUAUUCUAUCCCGCCCCAAGAUCCUCAUUCUCGAUGAGGCUACCUCCGCGGUGGAUAUGGAGACUGAUAUUCUGAUCCAGCGAUCCAUUCGGGAGGCAUUCACGAACACCACGCUGCUGGUGAUUGCUCACCGUCUCAGUACAGUGGCCGACUUUGACCGCAUUCUGGUCAUGAAGGAUGGUGUUGCAGCAGAGUUUGGAAGCCCUGCAGAGUUGGUAGAAACAGAGGAUGGCAUCUUCCAGGAUAUGGUCAAUAAAAGUGGGGAGACAGAGGAGUUGAGACGGAUGAUUUUGGGGUCAUAA